ACAAAAUCCAGACGACCCGUCUUCCACAAAACGUGUCUUCUUAGACCUUAAUCAAACCCAUCAUACGUUUAACACCACGUCUGAACCCUAACCAGCCACCGAAUCUCAAACUCUACUGUACAUUAAGACUACUUACCACCACCUUCACCACCACCGACGGCCAACGUCCGGUUACCGAAUACCGACAUCAUUAUCAACGCCGAUAAUUUGACGUUUUCCUUCACAUGACUACCUUCUCCUUUCUUAUUAUCUACAAUUAUUCAUCUCUCACUAUCACAGCCGGUGACUCCCCUUAUUAACGCUGGUGAUUGCUCCCAUCGGUCAACAUAUGUAAAUCUCAUCUCUAUUCCCUGCCUUUUCUAUAAAUUAGCUUGGUUUUCGGUUGUUUUUGGUCUGUUCUAAUUUAAAUACCUUUUCUCCAUUUUGUGGCGUGAUCGUAUCGCUAGAUAUUACCAUCGUCGCCAGCAAUAUGGAGUUUGGGGUUAAUGGUGACGUGAAUGGUGUGAUGUUGGAAACCGUUGAGUUGGACAGCAGGGCAGGUGAUGAAAAUGAAAUUGGUCUAAAUUCUAUUGAAGAGGAAUUUCAACAAGAUGAGGAUGAUAAAGCGGAUACAAUGUCCUUGGGUAAAGAUAUAAUCCAGGAUACAGUUUCAUCUGUAGCAGUGGUUCCAGAUGAGCCCUAUGUGGGCCAGGAGUUUGAAUCUGAAGGAGCUGCUCAUGCAUUUUACAAUGCUUAUGCCACACGUGUGGGAUUCAUCAUCCGUGUAAGCAAACUCUCCCGGUCAAGGCGUGAUGGAUCUGCUAUUGGUCGGGCACUUGUUUGUAACAAAGAGGGCUAUAGAAUGCCUGACAAGCGUGAAAAAAUUGUAAGGCAAAGAGCAGAAACCAGGGUUGGCUGCAGAGCAAUGAUCUUGGUGCGGAAAGUUAGUUCCGGUAAAUGGGUUGUUACUAAGUUUGUUAAGGAGCACACUCAUCCCCUGACUCCUGGUAAAGGCCGGAGGGAUUGCAUUUAUGAUCAGUAUCCGAAUGAACAUGACAAAAUCCGGGAACUAUCGCAACAGCUGGCUAUAGAGAAGAAGCGAGCAGCAACCUAUAAAAGACAUUUGGAAUUGAUAUUUGAGCAAAUUGAAGAGCAUAACGAGAGUCUAUCAAAAAAGAUCCAACACAUAGUCGACAGUGUAAGAGAGAUGGAAAAUAAAGAGCAGGGUAAUCAUGUAUAGGUCCAGCAAUUCUUUUUUUUUUUUCCGCUCUUUUUAUUUCGUCAAGUACAAAAAUCAAGAAUUGGUAUACAGAAUGCUGUUGAGUAGCAACAGAUAUUCUAAUGGGUUAGAUGUCAAAUGCUGACUUUCUCUAGUUUCUUAGAUGUCUAGUUAGUUGCAGAUUGUGCAAAUGUUUUUGAGUUAGCAGCAUUCAUUUGGUAUAAUUGUGCUCCUAUUUUUGGAGCAAAUGGUGAGUAGGGGAAAUAGAGAGUUGAUGUAUAGUUCUCCAAUUUCAUUUUCUGCACUUUUGUGCCAAAAAUGUGAAAGUGGCCUUACUUAAGAGAGCGUCAUUGUGUCCUUUGGAAAGCUGCACUUUGCCUUCCAUUCCGUUCUCUGUAGAACUUCAGUUUCAGUUUCUUGUUUUGUAUAGCAGGAAAUGUAUUUCUUUUUAAUAUAUAUAAUUUCUCUCUCUUUUGCUCUCUCCGAA